UUUCACUGUCGGUAAACUUUUUUUUUUUGUUUUUGAUCUCCGGGGCCAUUUUAUUGAUGUCUUUGCAUAAAAUAACCAACGUAAGCAAAUAUCUCACCUGCGUGACUACUCUUGAUCAGCAUGACACUCGAAGGAGUUUUCACGACAGCUCCUUUUUUGUGUUUUUAAUGCGUUGUGUGCUUUUUUUCUUUGAAACUACUUCAUAUAUAAAAUAUUUUUUUCUUAAACUAGUGCCUAAACACAACCAAAACUGAGCAGCUCCUCUCAUUAACAGUAAAUCUCAGUUUCCACCUCCUAAAAAAUGCCAUAGCCUAACCAGGUGAUUUCCAUCCUCCUUCGAGUUUGUUGUCGUAGCUACAAGAAACCAAGACACAAAAAAGAGGGAUACAGAGAGAAAGGAAGAAUCAACCAUGCCUCCAAACGCACCAAGACCAACAGGACGCCACAGAAAGAGGCUAACAAGGAUGGAUGCUGCCGUAGAUGCAAUGAGGAGCUACGGUUUCUCUGAUGGGUUGAUUGUUUCAACUGUCAAAGAGCUCUUGAAAGUAUAUGGUGAGGAAGGUUGGCCCUUUAUUGAAGAGAGCUCAUAUAAGAUCUUGCUCGAGGCUAUUCUCGAGGAUCUUGAAAAGGAGGAGCAGGAAAAGAGUAAUACGCUGCAAGAGAAUGAGAGGUGUGGAAACAAUAUCGAGAUAUCAGCUAGCAGUACAUCAAAUGGUGCUUCUGUAUCGACUGGCCACAGCACAGAAGCUGUGGCCCCUGCAUCUCAGACUAACAGAGUUCUACUCGCCACAUCACUGGCUGCAAAUCCGGACAUGGCAUUACUUGAUGGUAGUACCCCUGCAUCUAAAGUAGGAAGCAGCUGGAAAGAUAUAAAUAUGUAUGAGAAUUGCAUUGAAAAGCAAAUUAACAUUGACAAUGGAGCAGCUGUUAUGAAUUUUGGUGGUGUUCAACUACCUGGCAACACUAGCUCCCCUGUGCCGCCCUGCAGGCGCAGACCCUGCUAUGGAUGGAUUAGUAGUGAUGAAGAUGAUGAUGCGAACCUGGAUCUCAUUGAACUUACACCGGCGCCAUUACCAGCAGUGGUAGCAAAGUUGCUUUCUGGGAUUGAUAUGCCGAGGACACGCAAGAGAAGGUGGGAUGCAAGACCUGAGGAUAUGUAGGCGUUCACCUUUUGUAUCUCUUAUGUAAAUCCACAGGCUUCUGACUCUUUUCUUUCAACUACGGAAGUGCAAACUUUUGGACAAUUUAGGACGUUAUUAUUGAUUUAUUAAGGAUUGAUGUGUAGUAAUUGACCCUAAUUUCUUGCACUAAAAGAACUACAUGUUUUAUUCC